AUGUCCUCCUAUGUCCAGUACCUGCUGCAUCUUCCCUACAUCACAGAGAAGAGUCACUCACCAACCAUGCAGACUCCAGCACCCUCAUCCCUGGACAGCUCCAAAGAUCCCCAGCCUCCUGCUCAGCUCCUCACCUCCUACUUCAUAGACAACAUUCUGGGGAGAGCUCAGAGUCCUGGGGGCAAGAACAGUCCCAGAGAGGAACUCAGGCUGAAAAGUGCUGUUCAGAAAGAUGAUUCCUCCCUUCCGAUGAUUAUAUAUGACCCAGCAUCCCGUGUCCAAGAAAACACUUUAGACAGUUCAUCAUCCAAAGGGGCCAAUGGAACUAUUCGUACAGAAAACGAAUCAAAGAACAUCCGUGAGACUCGAAAUGGUGAAAAUAAGGAGCAAAGUGACGAAGAGCUGAAUGCUGGUUCUGAACUGACCAUGGCCGCAGGAAAUGGAAAAAGGAAGCAGCGCCGAUACCGCACCACUUUCAGUAACCUCCAGCUAGAAGAGCUGGAGAGGGCUUUCAUGAAGUCACAUUAUCCAGAUGUGUUUACCAGAGAGGACCUUGCUAUGCGGCUGAACUUAACUGAAGCAAGAGUGCAGGUUUGGUUCCAGAAUCGAAGAGCAAAAUGGAGAAAACGUGAAAAGUCAGACCUGCUGGGGGGUGUCCCUGCUUUCCCCAUCAGACAUCCUUUUGGUCUAUAUCUUGAUCUUCCUAUAAAUUCCAGCCAUCUUAUUGACCCGGUCUGGAGAACAAUCCCUCUUUCAACAGUGACUACCCCAACUGUCAAUCCAGCCUUCACCACAUCAUACCAAGGCUCCCUCAAUCUGAAUCACAUGUCUUGGGCAUCACUUCUCCAAAACCCUGUCUUUACACCUUACUUUGGAAGGUUUCUCAGUGUUCUUAACCCAUUGGUCACCACACCUCCUCUACUUCUGAAAAGUCCAACUUCUACUACAGACUCUGAACUUCUGAGUGAUACAUCUGGUGGAGAUUGGAAACCUGUGCCCACUGUGGGAGCACUGAGACUUGUCCCCAAGGAUCAUGCUGAGCAAGUGUCUCCUGUUAAUUUGCUUUCGAGUUUCUCCAGUGUUAAUAAAGACCUAUGCUGA